CUUUAUUUCUCUGUCGACUCGGGAUUUCAGUUUUUGACAACGGGAAUUUCCUCAACACUCUCGAUUCCUUUUGAGUUUGUGUGAGAGAGGUUGCUGCUAUCAUGGGUUAUGCACAGCUCGUAAUCGGACCUGCAGGUUGCGGAAAGUCAACUUAUUGCUCAUCUUUACACCAACAUUGUGAAACUAUCGGACGAACAAUGCAUAUCGUGAACUUGGAUCCCGCUGCUGAAGUCUUUAGUUAUCCUGUGGCAAUGGAUAUCCGAGAGCUUGUCUCUGUGGAGGAUGUUAUGGAGGAGCUAAAGUGUGGUCCCAAUUAUGGUCUCAUGCGUUGUAUGGAUUACCUUGAGGACAGUCUAUAUAAUUGGUUAGAUGAAGAAUUGGAGAACUUCGCAGACGAUGAUUACUUAGUCUUUGACUGUCCAGGCCAGAUAGAGAUUUUUACACAUGUACCUGUGCUCAAGAACUUUGUGGAGCAUUUGAAGCAGAAGAACUUCAGUGUUUGUGCUGUUUAUUUGCUUGAUUCACAGUUUGUAACAGAUGUAACCAAGUUUAUCAGCGGAUGUAUGGUUUCUCUUUCUGCAAUGAUCCAGCUUGAACUGCCUCAUGUUAACAUCCUCUCGAAGAUGGAUCUCUUGAAGGAUAAAAGCAGCAUUGAAGGAUACUUGGAUCCGGUGCCUCGCACAUUGCUGUCUGAGUUAAACCAUAGGAUGGGUCCUCAAUUUGCAAAACUGAACAAAGCCUUAAUUGAAUUGGUGGAAGAGUACAGUAUGGUGAGGUUCACGCCACUUGAUUUGAGAAAAGAGAAGAGCAUUCAAUAUGUACUGUCUGAAAUCGACAAGUGCAUUCAGUUUGGUGAAGACUCUGAAGUAAAGAUAAAAGACCUUGAUGAAGAUAUGGAUCAAUCAGAGCUUUAGAAGAGCUUGCUUGGAAAAUGACUUGCGC